UUCUAUCCUAAGGAUAGGUAUCCUAGCUGUCCCGGACAGCGCUCCAGCUUCUCUUACGCCCACUGCAGUCAUGUUCGUUCCCUGCGGGGAGUCGGUCCCCGACCUAAAGAACUUCACACUCCUGAUGCCAGCAGUAUCCGUUGGGAAUGUUGGCCAGCUUGCAAUAGAUUUGAUUAUUUCUACACUGAACAUGUGUAAGAUUGGGUAUUUCUAUACUGAUUGCCUGGUGCCAAUGGUUGGGAACAAUCCAUAUGCAACUGAAGAAGAAGACUGGAAUGAGCUCAGUAUAAAUGCUGAAGUGUAUUCCUUACCGUCAAAGAAGCUAGUGGUGCUUCAGCUCAGGUCCAUCUUCAUUAAGUAUAAAUCCAAGUCAUUCUGUGAAAAACUGCUGGCCUGGGCAGAAAGUAGCUGCUGUGCCAGGAUCAUCGUUCUCUCCAGCAGCCACUCAUAUCACCGUACUGAUGUACAACUCCGCAGUACUCCCUUUCGGUAUCUUCUUACACCUUGUUUGCAAAAGAGUGUUCAAAAUAAAAUAAAGAGCCUAAACUGGCUAGAAAUGGAAAAGAGUCGGUGCAUCCCCGAGAUGAGUGAUUCUGAGUUCUGCAUUCGCAUUCCCGGAGGUGGAAUCACAAAAACACUCUAUGAGGAAAGCUGUUGUAAAGAAAUCCAAAUGGCAGUUCUGCUGAAAUUUGUUUCAGAAGGGGACAAUAUCCCAGAUGCAGUCAGCCUUGUGGAGUAUCUUAAUGAAUGGCUUCAGAUAAUCAAACCAUGUAGUGACGGCCCCGUGGCCUCUGUCUUGCCAUGGAAGAUCCCCAGCUCUUGGCGGCUGCUCUUUGGCAGUGGACUUCCUCCCGCACUGUUCUGAUCUGUUUUCAGCCUUCUCCCUCGCCCCGCAGACAUCACAAAACCAGCUGUUGGGUGUGUGCUGUGCAGAAUUUUGUGCUGCCCCGGGGUGUGUUAGAAGUGCUAUAGUAAAACCUCGAAGAAAAGAGGUUGUAAAGGUUAUUAUGCUUGUUAUAUACAAUAAAUGUAAAUUCUGUACAAUAAAUUAUAUUUACUAAGCA